CUUCCAUUUUGUUUCACUCGAUCGGGUUUGCUUUAUCCGAAAUAUGCGGUUCACCUAAAGUGUUCGUCGAUCCGAGAUUUGACAAACGGUGCUCGUGGUGAGAAAACUCGAUUCGACACGAUUCGUCGUAUAGGAGCAACUCGUGAUCGAUUACGAUUUGAAUCGGUCCAAGGAACGAUCGAUCGUCGGAAUCAUUGAUUUUCUUUGAGAAAUCGUCUUGAUCCCAUCGUGGUAGUUGGCGUUCUCCGAGUGCAGACACGUUAUUCGAGUGGAUGCUCGCUAAUUUCGAGGAAAUGGAAGGCACGGGGAUGAUUAAUGACGCGGCUGUCCGCCAGGAGAGCAGGAAGCUGUGGCAAUACCUUGCUUCUAUUUCCGCUUGUUUUUUGGUGGUUGGAGUCGGUUCAGCCUUGGCAUGGACUUCACCGGUGCUUCCUCAGCUCUACGCAGCCGAUUCAUGGUUGAUAAUCACUCAGGAAGAAGGUUCCUGGAUCAGCUCUUUACUCGCUGUUGGAGCCAUUUGUGGUGCUAUUCCAUCAGGAUCGAUGGCGGAUAAAAUGGGGCGGAAAAAAUCUCUUCUUUUGCUGGCCAUUCCAUUCCUCUUGUCGUGGGGAAUUAUUCUGGUUGCAACGCAUGUCAAGCUUCUCUAUAUCGCCAGAUUCUUGGUUGGUCUUGGUGUUGGAGCAGGAUGCGUCCUUGGUCCCACCUACAUCUCCGAAAUCGCCGAAGUCUCGACCAGGGGAACCUUAGGUGCGCUCUUCCAAUUGUUCCUCACCGUUGGAAUUUUUGUCUCUUUUAUUCUCGGAAGCGUUCUUAAUUAUACUUUAUUCGCCCUUGUAUGCGUCCUCAUCAUUCUCCUCUUCUUGAUUACCUUCUAUUGGAUGCCCGAAUCUCCCGUCUGGUUGGUGGGUCAAAGCAGAAAGCAAGAUGCCACUGUGGCGUUGUCGGUGUUAAGAGGGAAAGAUUACGAUCCUAAACAGGAACUGAACGAAUUGCAAAUGGCGGCGGACGCGAGUUCCGGCCGGAAGCCCAACAUCUUUGAAAUGGCAAAAAUUCCGGUCAACCAGAAGGCCAUGAUCGCAUCCUUCGGAAUGAUGUUUUUCCAACAAGCUUCCGGAGUGAACGCCGUCAUCUUUUAUACCGUGAUGAUCUUCAAAGCAUCCGGAAGCUCGAUGCCGCCGGAACUGGCGUCUAUCUUCGUUGCACUGGUUCAGUUGGUAAUGUCAGGUGUCGCGGCGUUGAUUGUUGAUCGAGCAGGAAGGAAGCCGCUGCUCAUGAUUUCCACCGGUGUUAUGUCAGUCAGUUUGAUCGCGCUUGGAUAUUACUUCAAGCAGAAGGAUAGCGGAAAUGACGUCACUUCGCUUGGCUGGUUACCAUUGACUUCCUUGAUCGUCUUUAUGAUCGCCUUUUCCAUUGGAUUGGGUCCAGUGCCAUGGAUGUUAAUGGGUGAACUGUUCUCCGCUGAAACGAAAGCAGUCGCCUCCAGUGUUGCGGUCAUGUUGAACUGGUUUAUGGUAUUCGUCGUGACUAAAAUGUUCCCUACGAUGAACGACGAGCUAGGAACAGAUAUGACUUUCUGGAUUUUCGCCGCGAUCAUGGUUGCUGCCACGAUAUUCACGCAUAUGCUAGUCCCAGAAACCAAAGGGAAAACUUAUCAGGAGAUUUACAAAGAACUUCAAGGCACCGUCGAUAUCCCCAUUUAAAUGAAACAUCAUCGAUCAUGAUUUUAACGUUAGAAGGAUAUUUAACCUUUCUCCUUGUCAUUUUUUUUUUUUUACAAUAUCAUCGCGAUAUCACAUCAUUCCAUUAUCAUUGAUCUUUUUUAUCGAUCGCCAACGACUGUGACCUACUUUCUUUUUAUUAUUCCAUCGAAAAAAGCGUCGUAUCGACAAGAUCGCGAUAUGGAGAUUUAUUUCACGAAUUCUUGUUUUAAUUAUUUUACCGAUCGAAUGAUCGCUGUUGGAACAAACGAAAGAUGCUCCAGAUGUGUUCAAACGAAAUCCAUGUUUUUGUAAUUGUAAGUGUAAUCGAAUGUACUUUCGAUCACAUCGAAAUGCUAUUCGUUCGUUUCAGGACGAAUAAUUUUUAUUUCAUCAAAACGUCAACAUCCAUGAAAACUUUCAUUUUUCCGCAUCAUCGAUAUUCGACAUCUCUUCAAAAGCAUCUCUUGAAAUUUUCACGAUUAUUGCUACAUAUAUGCAUUUAUCGCACAUCAUCGAUUCUCUCUUCAUCCUGAUCACCGAUAUUUAACUUUUAAUCUUUUUCUCCUCGUAAUCAAUUUGUUCUCAUUCGUCGAAAUCAAUUAGAAAGAUAAAUGCAUUCGAACGAGAGGAAAAUAGGCAUAGUUUCUCGUUUUUCGAUCGUUCCAUUUCGUAAUAUCCGUAAAAUCCCACGGAAUGUAUUCGUAUCCGAUACCAUUAUCACGAGUGGAGCAUUAUCUCGAUCACGUAUCAUAAUGGAAAGAUUCCUCGUUGCAUUCUAGUUACCAUCGUUCUUGUUUUUUUUUUAUUUUUAUUUUUAUCGAUUUCUCGAGAAUGUGUUGAUUACAGGAUAAGUGUCUCGUGCCGAUAAUUGCGAUAGCAAUCGAGAUUAUCGACGAUUUGAUCGAGGCGUAAUUUGUCGUACUUAUCUUUCUCUCGCUUUCCCCUCUCCCAUUUAUUAUUGUAUUUUUUAUCACAAUCACAUCGAUUAAUUGACAUUGCUUUCAUGAAUCUUGAUAAUGCCACUUUUUGUCAAAAACGAAUUUGAUCCCUUCAUUCAUUGAUUAUUUAAUAUAUUAUUAUUAUAUACAUGACAACAAAUAUUUUUACAUUGUGAUAAAAAUGGAAUAAAAUUUAUUUGGAAUAAAACCAUAUAUGUAAUAACGUAAUUCUAUUAAAAUAGAAUUAUAUUCGAAAACGAAUAAACGAAGAACCGAAUCGUGUUUCCUCCA